GGGCGAGGGGCGCAAGGGACCUCGGGCCGGGGCCUCUUCCCGUCAAGAUGGCGGCGCCCAGCGCGCACGGAGUCUCGGUAGUCAGAGGUUAAGCUUAGUGACUGCGGAGUCAGUGUGUGUUUCCCGUUGCGUACUUCGAAACGCCCGCCUUUGGUUUCCCCGGCGUACGCUGGGCUCUUCUGUACUGUUUCAUGAGGAGGCUGCCUUAUUUGCAUUCUCACAAGCAAGUGCACAGGGCUUCCAGUCUCCACCUAGGAGAUGCCUAGAGAGAUCUCUCUGGGGAAACUCCUCAGGAGCUUACAAGGCUGAAAUUGCAGUGCGUGUACAUUUGGACCAUGUGCUAACUCAGAACUUGGUUUCUCACCCAAACUCAAAUCAAGGGUCUUAUGUAGACUUCAGACUCACUAGACAGCCAAGCAUGACCUUGAACUCCUGAUCCUCCUCUCUGCAUCUUCUAAGAAUUUGUGAGAAGCUUCUACAAUGGUCUGUUUGGCUCUCAUCAGAGCUGCCCAUGAGUACAUCUACCUGGUGAGGAAGGUCAGUCAUGUCUGCAGAUGCCAUCAACACCGGGCAUGGGGCUCAAGACCAGCUGCAUCACAGUUUGCUGUUCAAGGUGCUCCAGGCAGUGUGCUGGACCUGCUUGGUAAAUCUUACCCUCAGGAUGACCACACUAACCUCACCCAGAAGGUCCUUUCCAAGGUGGGCAGGAACCUGCACAACCAGAAGUUCCACCCUCUGUGGCUAAUUAAGGAACGGGUGAAGGAGCACUUCUACCAGCAGUAUAUGGGGCGAUCCAGGACACCUCUGUUCUCCGUCUAUGACCAGCUUCCUCCAGUGGUCACCACCUGGCAGAACUUUGAUAGCCUGCUAAUCCCAGCUGACCACCCCAGCAGGAAGAAGGGGGACAACUAUUACUUGAAUCGAGAACACAUGCUGAGAGCACACACAUCAGCACAUCAGUGGGACUUGCUGCAUGCGGGACUUAAUGCCUUUCUUGUGGUAGGUGAUGUGUAUCGUCGUGACCAGAUUGAUUGCCAGCACUACCCAGUUUUCCACCAGCUGGAGGGUGUCCGGCUCUUCUCCAAGCAUGAGUUAUUUGCUGGCGUAAAGGAUGGAGAAAGCUUGCAGCUCUUUGAGGAAAGUUCUCGCUCUGCUCAUAAGCAAGAGACACACACCAUGGAGGCUGUGAAGCUUGUGGAAUUUGACCUUAAACAAGCACUGACUAGGCUUGUGACACAUCUUUUUGGAGAUGGGCUGGAGGUCCGCUGGGUAGACUGCUACUUUCCCUUUACCCACCCUUCCUUCGAGAUGGAGAUCAACUUUCGUGGAGAAUGGCUUGAAGUCCUUGGUUGCGGGGUGAUGGAACAACAGCUUGUCAAUUCAGCUGGUGCUCAGGAUCGAAUCGGCUGGGCGUUUGGCCUUGGAUUAGAGAGACUGGCUAUGGUCCUCUAUGACAUCCCUGACAUCCGCCUUUUCUGGAGUGAGGAUGAGCGCUUCCUGAAGCAGUUCCGCCUGUCAGACAUCAAUCAGAGUGUCAAGUUUCAGCCUCUUAGCAAGUACCCUGCUGUGUUCAAUGACAUUUCAUUCUGGCUGCCCUCCGAGAGCUACACGGAGAAUGAUUUCUAUGACAUUGUCCGAACAGUCGGAGGAGACCUGGUGGAAAAGGUUGAUCUUAUAGACAAGUUUGAACAUCCAAAGACACACAGGACCAGCCACUGCUACCGUAUUACCUACCGCCACAUGGAACGGACACUGUCCCAGAGAGAAGUCAGCAGUGUCCACCAGGCUGUGCAAGAGGCUGCUGUGCAGCUACUGGGUGUGGAGGGCCGUUUCUGAUGUUGUGGCAGUACACAGGCCACAGCCCUCAUGGAGCUCCAGGGCUCUCCAGAAAGGGGGAAGCACACUGUUUGUGAACUGGAGUGUCUGUCCUCAUUUGAUAAAUGGGUCUGCUUUAGGACUUUCAGGAAAUAAAGGAUCACUUUUUAGAAGCA